GGCGACGCGGCCAUGGAGGAGGCGGCCAUGGCGGCGGGGUCGGGGAGCUCGGAGGACGAGGCGGAGGGCGGCGGGGCGGAGGAGCUGAGGCGGGCGCUGAGCCGCCUGCUGCCCUUGCUGGAGCAGGAGGGCAAGGCGGCGCGGGCGCGGGCGCUGGAGGAGCUGCGGCGGGAGCUGGAGGACCGGCCGCCGCCGCCCCGCCGCGCCUUCCAGGCCCUCUUCUCCGGGCCGCUGCUCGACCGGCUGCUCCUGCGCCUGGCCGACCCCGCCGACGGCUGCCGCGCCCUGGCCGCCCGCCUCCUCCGCCUGGGGGUCCUCCGGGCCGCCCGGCCGCACCGCCUGCUGCCCCGCCUGCUGCCCGCCCUGGCCGGCAGGCUGCGCGGAGGAGGCGGCCCCGGCCCCGGCCCCGCCGAGCCCUGCGAGGAGCUGCGCCUCGACCUCGUGCGGCUGCUCGGCCUCCUCGCCCGCCGCUGCGGGCCCCGACUCCGCCCCUACCUGGACGACGUGCUGGCCGCCCUCGCCCGCUCCCUGGGCGACCCCUUCCCCGAUGUGCGGAGGGAGAGCUGCGCCGGGGCUGAGGCCUGCGCCAGGGCCCUCCCCGAUGAUUUCCAUAUGCAUUCGGAAACCUUGAUAAUCCCCCUGAUGCAGACGAUUUCACACCAGCAUUCCAAGGUGCGAGUAGCUGUGAUCGAGGCCACGGGGACGGUGAUUCAGUUUGGCAAUGGAAAAUCGGUAGACGAUGUUCUUGCUCAUUUUGCACAGCGGCUCUUUGACGAUGUCCCCCAGGUUCGAAAAGCUGUGACCAGUGUUGUUGGGAACUGGCUAUUAGAUCUUCGAGACAGAUAUUCUUAUUUUCACAAGCUUAUACCUUUACUGCUGAGCAGCUUUAACGAUGAAAUCCCAGAGAUAAAGCAGUUGGCUUUCGACCUCUGGGAGAAGAUCGGCUUGCAGUGGCAAAAAGAGAAUGAAGAUGACCUAAAGGAUAAACUUGACUUUGCUGCUCCACCACCCUCUCAUUACCCCGAAGGAGUAAUUCGCCCAGGAUUGGGAUGUAGAGAACUUGUUUUCAGAAAUCUCUCCAAGAUUCUUCCAGCUAUCUGUCAUGAUAUAACCGAUUGGCUAGCAGGAACCAGAGUAAAAGCAGCACAACUUCUGACUGUUUUAUUACUACAUGCCGAAGAUCAUAUUACCCAGCACUUAGAAAUAGUGCUCAGAACCUUAUACCGGGCAUGCUCAGAUGAGGAAAAGGUGGUUGUAAGCAGUUGUGCAAAAUCAGCAGAAUUGAUUGGAACAUUUGUCAAUCCUGAGGUGUUCUUGAAGUUAAUCUUAGCAGCGCUGGAGAAAUCACCCCUUCCUCCAUAUCUCAUGGUCCUUGCUGCAGUUAUUAGAGGAUGCUCUAGAGAAGACCUUAAACUCCAUAUAAAUAGCAUUGCCAACACACUGUCACAGACACAAAUUUGUCAAGGCUCUGAGGAGGUUAUUUACAUGGAGCAGUUGCUUUGUUGUGUGCAAGCUUUAAUUAAAGUGGGAAAAGAAGACUGCACAGAGGCCAGCUUACCGCUCAUGGAAGUUUUAGUGACAAUAAUGGCAAUCCCUGGGGUUGCAAGCCUUCAUGAAAAGCAGGUUCAGGAAACAAUGACUUCAUUAGCUGUGGUGCAGAAGAUGGAUGGCAUUCUGGAUCUCUAUAGACAACAUAUAGAUCAGCUUAUGGAAUGGUUGUCUUCAUCACAUGAUCAGUGGAACUGUUACUCAUUGGAGCUGUUGCAGUUUGAAGUAGUUGUCACUCAGUCAGGUCCUGUAUUAAGUGAAGCUCUUCAUCACUUCAUUUCCAUUCUUAAGACAUGUCUUCAGCCAACCAAAGAUCCAAAAAUGCGCUUAAAGCUUUUCACUGUUUUAUCACAACUACUACUGAAAGCAAACAAUUCUGUUAACUCACAAGGACAAUUUCAUGAAUACCUUGAGACUAUGAUAAAAGACAUAUUGGUUCCAAAUCUGCAGUGGCAUGCUGGAAGAACAGCAGGUGCCAUCCGAACCACAGCCGUAUCGUGCCUUUGGGCUCUUAUUUACAGCGAGAUGCUGUCAACAGAACAGGUUUUGGAAGUCCAAGAACUGUUGCUACCUCAGAUCAUCACCACUCUGGAAGAAGAUUCUAAAAUGACUCGGCUACUGUCAUGCCGGAUUAUUAGCAUAUUUUUAAAAUCCUGUGGGGAUAUGAUUGUUCCUGAUAAGUUACUCAAGAUUUAUCCUGAGGUCCUGAAACGAAUGGACGAUGCUUCAAAUGAAGUACGAACAGCGGCAGCUAGCACCUUAAUUAGCUGGCUUAAAUGUAUCCAAAAUGAUGAUGGAAAAUUUGUUUUUCAAAGCAAUAUUCAAUUUCUUUAUCAAGAGUUAUUGGUUCAUCUUGAUGACCCAGAUAAUGGCAUCCAGAAUGCAGUGUUAGAGGUUUUAAAAGAAGGAAGUGUGCUGUUUCCAGAUAUACUGGUGAAAGAAAUUGAGUCAGUCAAACAUAAGCAUCGAUCUCCAGUCUUCUGCGAGGAACUACUACAGCACGUGCAGGCAGAUGGAGUUGCCUUCUAAGUAUGGAGUACUGAAAGUUGUAACUUGAAAAUUGUUUCUGGAAUGUAAAAUAUUUGUUAAACUCUUGGCUUUUUCUGGAUUGGAGUUAGUGACUUUCAAUUUUAACCAAAAAUUAUACAUUUUAUCAAUAUACCAUAGAAACCAAAGGAUGAAAUAAAAAGAAGGUGGAUGUUUUAUGCUCAUUCAGUAGCCCAGGAAAACUCAUUUAAUGUUGUCCGGCAAACAUUUUGAAUAUCUGAUUGUUUUUCAAAGAGCAGUUUAAAUAUUCAUUAAAUGACCUGUGUCAGAUUCAUAAAAUUCACUCAGAAUUCUGCUGUUUGCAUGGUUGAAAUUAAAAUUAAAUGGCAGUUACCAACAUUGGCAGCAAAAUCCGUCCUGUUUCCUGUUAAACUUUUAUGCUCUGCUCGGUUCCUGGAACUACUGGUCCCACCUUGUGCAGAGAAAGAGCAGGUAAUGUGCUGGUGAUGGUUCACUUUCCAUCGUAAGAAAGAUAUUUCAUCGUAGUUAUUAUGCUUUGGAUUUAGUAGGUUACUAAUGUUCAAACUCGCCAAUGUUAAAAAGAUUAUGGUAUUCUGAAAUGCCAUUUGGAAAAUAUUACAAAUUGGGUUCUGUAUACUAAUAAAUAGGAAAGUGGAAAUUCUAAAAAUGUCAAUAUUUAAGAGCCCCAGUUUGGAAGCAUGAAAGGAGGAUUGGGUUCUUUUUUUGCUGAUUUAUGAACUAGAAAAAUAUAGUAUUUUUAAUUUUUACAUUUAUUUUAAUAGAACUACUGAUUUUUUGAACUUUCAACACCAGAGUGCUUUGUAGAUUUGAAUGUUUAAAAUAUAAAGUAUUUUUAUUACCCUAACAAGCAAGUAUGCCAUGUGUUUUUGAGUGACUUGAUUUUUCAAGAAUUAGAUUUUGACAUUUUAAGUCCCAUAUUGUUGAAAAAUUUCAUUAAAAUAUUUUAUAUUUGA